CUUCUUGGGCGCCUGGACCCACAGCCAUGGGCCGGGGGAAGGUGGAAGAAGGAGGAGGAGGAGAUGAGCCCUAUGGGAAGCCCCACCAAUUCGACCCUUCGUUCCACGGCCCCAUCAAGAAAAGGGGCUGCACCGACGUCCUCUGCUACAUCCUCUUCAUGCUCUUCAUCGCGGGAUACUGCAUCGUGGGGAUUGUGGCCUGGGUUUAUGGAGACCCCCAGCAGGUCCUGUACCCCAGGAACUCCUCAGGGCUGUACUGUGGGGUCGGCGCCAACAGGGAUAAGCCGAACCUCAUGUACUUCAACAUCUUCAGCUGCGCCAGAUACACCAACAUCCUGACCAUGGCCACCAACGGCCUGCAGUGUCCCACCACUCAGAUCUGUGUCAGCUCAUGCCCCCAAAUUCACUGGGUGGUACUCCCAACCGACUUGUACAAGACUGUCAGCCAAGUCUUCACAGAGAAGCAGGACUUCUGUCACCCCGAGGUGGAUGGAAACAUGAGGGUGAUCGACAGCUUAAAACAUGAACUCUGCCCCAGCUUCCUCCUUCAGUCAUCUCCCGUUGCUAGCCGCUGCAUUCCCUUUGCCAACCAGUCGACCGUAGACCUUCCUGGCAUAUCACAAGCCAACAUCUCAGAUGGCAUCAAGGGGCUGUUCGAUACCCUUGGGGCUCGGGAUCUCAGCCUCAAGAUCUUUGAGGAUUUCACCCAUUCCUGGUACUGGAUCCUCAUAGCCCUGCUCAUCUCCUUGGUGCUGAGCCUGGUGUUCCUGCUGCUGCUGCAGCUGCUGGCCGGUCCCCUGGUGUACGUGCUCAUCGUGGGCGUCCUGGGGAUCUUGGCAUAUGCCAUAUACCACUGCUGGCACGAGUACCAGUGGCUGCGGGACCACGGAACCUCCAUGGCCGACGUCGGCUUCACCACCGACCUGGCCGCGUACCGCAGCACGAAGGAGAUCUGGCUGGUCGCCCUGAUCGUGGUGGCAGUGCUGGAGGGGAUCCUGGUUCUCCUCCUCAUCUUCCUGCGGGUCCGGAUACGGAUUGCCAUUGCCCUGCUCCAGGAGGCCAGCAAGGCCAUAGGGCAGAUGAUGUCCACCCUCUUCUACCCGCUCGUGACCUUUGCCCUGCUGAUCAUCUGCAUCGCCUAUUGGGCCAUAACGGCUGUCUACCUGGCCACCACUGGGAAGCCCCUUUACAGCCUCUCGGCCCCCAAUCUUACCGAACCCGGCUGUCAGCACAUCGAUUUCAACCAGACCUGUGACCCAAGGAAGCCCAUCGCAAACAACUCGUGCCCGGGCCUGAGCUGCCAUUUCCUGCAGUACAACUCCAAUGGCCCAACCCAGCGCGUCCUCUUCGGCCUGCAGGCGUACAGCGUCCUGGGGCUCUUCUGGACGGUCAACUGGGUGCUGGCCCUGGGCCAGUGUGUGCUGGCCGGGGCCUUCGCCUCCUUCUACUGGGCCUUCCACAAGCCCAAGGACAUCCCUGCCUUUCCCCUGGGCGCCUCCUUCAUGCGCACGCUCCGGUACCACACGGGAUCGCUGGCCUUCGGCGCUCUGAUUCUAACCUUGGUCCAGAUGGUGAGGCUCAUCCUGGAGUACCUGGAUCACAAGCUCAAAGGAGCCAAGAACUCGGUGGCCCGUUGUGUGCUCUGCUGCCUCAAGUGCUGCUUCUGGUGCCUGGAGAGAUACAUCAAAAUCCUGAACCGCAACGCCUACAUCAUGAUUGCCAUCUACGGGAAGAAUUUCUGCGUGUCAGCUAGGAACGCCUUCAUGCUGCUCAUGAGGAAUUUGACUAGGGUCUUCGUCCUCGACAAGGUGACGGAUCUGCUGCUGUUCUUCGGGAAGCUUCUGGUGGUCGGGGGAGUCGGUGUCCUCUCCUUCUUCUUCUUCUCCAAUCGCAUCCCGGCGCCAUCCAAACACCUCCGCGCGCCCACCCUCAACUUCUACUGGCUCCCGAUGCUGAUUGUGAUCUUUGGCUCCUACCUCAUCGCUCACGGGUUCUUCAGCGUCUUCGCCAUGUGUGUGGACACGCUCUUCUUGUGUUUCCUGGAAGACCUAGAGAGGAACGACGGCUCGCUGGAUCGGCCCUACUACAUGCCUAAGUCCCUGAUGCAGAUCCUGGGCAAGAAGAACCAGGCGCCCAAAAAGUAGCCAUGAGGGCAUAGGGUGCGCCCCCUCCGCGGCCACACCCGUGCACCUCGUCCAGCGCCCGACUCCGCACUUUUGUAAACAGAUUUUAAUAAAGCGUGAUUUUUGUUUUCCACA